GCUUCCCCGCGGCAGUCCGCGAGCUGGUGGGCUUCCAGCACAGUAGUUCAACGGCGGCGCUGCAGGAUAAUGGGGAGCGACGGGCCUCCGAGCGACGGCUGCGUGCCCCCGCGGCCGCUGCACUCGGCGCAGGCGGUGGACGUGGCCUCGGCCUCCAAUUUCCGGGCCUUCCAGAUACUGCACUUGCACCUGGAUCUGCGGGCCGAGUUCGGGCCUCCGGGGCCGGGCCCCGGGAGUCGGGGCUUGAGCGGCACCGCGGUCCUGGAGCUGCGCUGCCUGGUGCCCGAGGGCGCCACCGAGCUGCGGCUCGACUCGCACCCGUGCCUCGAGGUGACGGCGGCGGCGCUGCGGCGACAGCGGCCCGGCUCUGAGGAGCCGCCCGCGGAGCCCGUGCCCUUCCACACGCAGCCCUUCUCGCACUACGGCCAUGCCCUGUGCGUGGGCCUCCCGCAGCCCUGCCUGGCCGGCGAGCGCUUCCAGGUUCUGCUCACCUACCGCGUCGGGGAGGGACCCGGGGUUUGCUGGUUGGCUCCUGAGCAGACCGCAGGAAAGAAGAAGCCUUUUGUCUACACCCAGGGUCAGGCUGUGCUGAACCGGGCCUUCUUCCCUUGCUUCGACACUCCUGCAGUGAAAUGCACAUAUUCAGCUCUUGUUGAGGUUCCAGAUGGCUUCACAGCUGUGAUGAGUGCUAACACCUGGGAGAAGAAAGGUCCGAAUAAGUUCUUCUUUGAGAUGUGUCAUCCCAUCCCCUCCUAUCUGAUAGCUUUGGCCAUUGGAGAUCUGGUGUCGGCGGAAGUUGGACCCAGGAGCCGGGUGUGGGCCGAGCCCUGCCUGAUUGAGGCUGCCAAGGAGGAGUACAACGGGGUGAUAGAAGAAUUUCUGGCCACAGGAGAGAAACUUUUCGGACCCUACGUUUGGGGAAGGUAUGACCUGCUCUUCAUGCCACCAUCCUUUCCAUUUGGAGGAAUGGAGAACCCUUGUCUGACCUUUGUCACCCCCUGCCUGCUGGCAGGGGACCGCUCCUUGGCCGACGUCAUCAUCCACGAGAUCUCCCACAGUUGGUUCGGGAACCUGGUCACUAAUGCCAACUGGGGUGAAUUCUGGCUCAAUGAAGGUUUCACCAUGUAUGCCCAGAGGAGGAUCUCCACUGUCCUCUUUGGCUCUGCUUAUACAUGCUUGGAAGCUGCGACUGGGCGGGCUCUGCUUCGGCAACACAUGGACAUCACUGGCGAGGAGAACCCACUCAACAAGCUCCGCGUGAAGAUCGAACCAGGUGUCGACCCGGAUGAUACCUAUAACGAGACCCCCUACGAGAAAGGCUUCUGCUUUGUCUCAUACCUGGCCCACUUGGUGGGUGAUCAGGAUCAGUUUGACAAUUUUCUCAAGGCCUAUGUUAAUGAAUUCAAAUUCCAAAGUAUCGUAGCUGAGGACUUUCUAGAAUUCUACUUGGAAUACUUCCCUGAGCUGAAGAAAAGGAGAGUGGAGUCCAUUCCAGGUUUUGAGUUUGAUCGGUGGUUGAAUGUCCCAGGCUGGCCCCCCUACCUCCCUGACCUUUCCCCUGGCGACUCACUUAUGAAGCCCGCUGAAGAGCUGGCCCAGCUGUGGGAGACCGAGGAGCUGGACAUGAAGGCCAUUGAAGCUGUGGCCAUUUCCACCUGGAAGACAUACCAGCUGGUCUAUUUCCUCGAUAAGAUCCUCCAGAAAUCCCCUCUCCCCGCUGGGAAUGUGAAAAAACUUGGAGAGACGUACCCAAAGAUCUCAAACUCCCAGAAUGCAGAGCUCCGGCUACGAUGGGGCCACAUCGUCCUUAAGAAUGACUACCAGGAGGAUUUCUGGAAGGUGAAGGAAUUCCUGCAGAGCCAGGGGAAGCAGAAGUACACUCUUCCACUGUACCACGCGAUGAUGGCUGGCAGCAAGGUAGCCCAGACCCUUGCCAAGGAGACCUUCGCGGCCACUGCCCCCCAGCUCCACAGCAAUGUUGUCAGCUACGUCCAGCAGAUUGUGGCGCCUAAGGGCAGUUAGAGGCUCCUGGGCAUGGCUUCUGCCUCUUCUGACUUUUCAGGCUUUCAGAAUACUGUUCCCAAAUUCCAGUUCUCCAAUCAAAUUCCUGAAGUUUACACACCCUUCGGAAAAUCUGUUCUCAGGGCUUGGUGUCUGUGACUCUUGGGCCUCUGCUCUGGUGGAAACUUCUCUGGAUCAGUAAGUCCUGUGACCGGAGAACCUUCCACAGCUCUCUCAGUGUAGGCUGCCGGCUUUGGUGAAGGCGAACAGUCUUCUCCCUCCUCCCAGUUCUCUGGGAAGAGCAGAGAGGAUUUUCUUAUCUCUUCCCUCCCCUUUCCUCCCCUUCCCUCUCCUACUCUUCCUUCCCCUCCCCUUUCCUCCCCUCCCCUUUCUUCCCCUUCUCUGAUUCUUGAAGUACUAUGCAAAGGGCUGUAUUCUGGUAACUCAUGUUUUUCAGGUUUAAUCUUUAUUUUAAUAAAUAUUUUUAAGUGAAAAGUA